AUGCGUUUGACCUUAACAGUUGAAGAGCUUAAAUCAAAAAUAAAAAAUAUACGAACCACAUAUAAUAGAGAGGCCAGUAAGGUAGCAAAGUCAAAGAAGAGUGGUGCGGGCACGGAUGAGCUAUACACACCUCAAUUAAGGUGGUCUCCUGUAGCUGACCGCUUUUUAAAGCCAGUGAUAGAAGGAAGAAACAGAACAGAUAACAUAGUAAAAAAAAAAAUGUCUCCAAAGAAAACAGCGGAGCGUGCCCGAAUAAUGAACCCACCUACUCGUACAGUGGACCGAUCUGUUUUAGAAGCAGUUAAUAGAUUAGAAACUUUGGCUCAAAAUAUUCGUCAAGAUGAAUUUGACACAUUUGGACUACGCGUGGCAAGUCAAUUACGUUGUUUGUCAUUAGCAAAUGCUAUUGUUUGUCAAACUUUAAUCAAUAAUUAUUUGUCAGAAGAAAGACUGAAAAUCUUAAAUGCACAAUAUCUUCCAAUUUGUAGACCAACGAGCUCAUUCUCAGAUUAUACACGCUAUACUUCGACUCCCAAAGCCGAAGCUACCACUUCUCGAAACCAAGCAUCCACUCUUCGAAACCAGCGCAAUACAUCGACUUCCGAAGCUUCCACUUCCGAAAACCACUUACAAAAUGAAGAAGACUAUUUUGCCAGCUGUUUACUAACAGAAGAAAAUACUGGACAAUACGAUAUUUUAUCUCAAGCUAUUAGAUCUAGCUUAGAUGAUACUUUGUAA